GUGGCGGUCUCGUGGGGGCGUCUUCACAAGUGGGAUUGGGGUGGGCUCCCUCGUCACCCAAUCCAAUACCCCAUGUCUCUCUUCUCGUCCAUAGAAGCGCGUCUGCACCACCAAAAGCGCGUCCUCGUCGCUGUCGCCGGUGGCCCGGGCUCGGGAAAGUCGACGCUGGUUGCGCAGCUCGUGCAGCAAUGGAACACGCGCUCCGAAUCUGGCUCUGCUGUUGCUGUCCCCAUGGACGGUUUCCACUACCCCCUUGCCUACCUCGACUCCUUGGAGAACGCGGAAGAAGCGCGGGCCCGCCGCGGAGCUCAUUGGACUUUCGACGCGUCCAAGUUCUGUGCACUCGUGCACCAACUCCGCGAACGCACGGACGCACCGGUCUAUGCGCCGUCGUUUGACCACAGCGUUGGAGACCCGGUGGAGAAGGACAUAGAAGUGCUCCCGUGCCACACGGUGGUGUUUCUCGAAGGCAAUUACCUCUUGCUCGACCUUCCUCCGUGGUCGGAAGCUGCUCGCAUGUAUGAUAUCCGCGUCUUCUUGCCCAUUGACGUUGCUACGGCCCGUGAACGACUUGUCCGAAGACACAUGCUUGCGGGACUCGCGAAAACGCGUGAAGAAGCUGAAAAACGCGCGGAUUCCAACGAUUUGCCCAACCUCCUGUUUGUUCAGCAGCACCUCCUGCAUCCCGACCUUGUAUGGGACUCCACGACCUCAUCCACCUCCGAGGGUUCGCCGUACUGAGUCCGAUCAGGUUCGCCGGAGAUGGCCGAAAAUCACGGGCCCCUACUACAGCCUAGGGGGGCCACGGAGAGGUUCUCGGUGAUCUCAGGGCUGCAAUGCUGGCUGGGACGGUGACCUUGCUCGGCGACUUUGCAGACGCUUCCGGACACCACUUCUCCGGAUACAGGGUGGUGGGAAUGCACAUGUGUGGUGGACCCGUCCGCCUAAUACUCCGCCCAGUACUCCGCCUGCCCGCUUGUUGGCACAGCGUUCCGCCGCAAAUCUCCUUAUUCUCGGUGAGCAGGCUCGGCGAUCCCUCUGGUGUUUCGGUCUUCAGACUCGGUGACCUGGCUGCUACCUCUUUCUCUCCAACUGCCUUUCUUACUCCUGAUCGUUGUAAAUCUCGCUUUCGCUUUG